AUGAAGUAUGAAACGGAUGAAAGAGAUAAGAGUAAAAGGCAAACUUAUUUAAUAAUAGAGUGCGUUAAAGGGAAAAUAAAAGUAUUAGAAAAAGGAUAUAAACAUAUAGAAUAUUUGGUGAGUUUGGUAUUAAGGAAUAGAGAGAAAAAUGAGAUAAGGAUAAAUGCGAAAUUUAAAGUUACGAAAGAAGAUGAAUUUAAAAUUUUAAUAAGAUGUAUAAUAAUAGGAAUACUUUUGAUAGAAAAAGGGAGUGAUAUUCUUUUAGGAAUUGAUGAGAAAGUCAGAAGAUAUUUUAUGAAAAAUCUUAGUAAUAGAAAAAGGAUAGACGAAGAGUAUUGUAUAGAAAUGCUGGCGAUUGAAAAAUUUUUAAAGGAAGAGGAUUUGAAAUUAGAUAUUCUCAAGCAUUCAGAAUUGGAAAAUAUAAAAGAAGAGAAGGGAAAAAUUAGAAAACUUUUAGAACUAAUGAAGAAAGAAAAUUUUGAAACCUAUGAAAUUAAUGUUAUGGAUGAAGCGUUAACGAUCAAUGAAUUCAAUUUAUUUUGGAAAUAUCAGAAAGAUAGAAAUGAAGUUGAAUUAGAAGAAAUGUUAUAUGAAGCAAUAGCUGAAUAUGAAGAAAUAUUAAUAUCAGAUGAUAAAAAAGAAGAAGUGGAAAUAUUACGAGAUAUUAAUAUAAAUUUUAUGAAACAAUGUUAUAGUAGAAUAUGGGAACUUUUGCGAGGUGUAUAUAAUAGAAAGUUUGAUGAGAUAUCGAAGAAAAAAGAAUACAAGAAUGUGAUAGAACAUUUGUGGAGCUUUUGUUAUGAUAAAUAUAGAACGAGAAUCUGGGUUAAACGAUGCGAUGAAGUGGCGGAGAUAGAGAAAGAUAGAGGUAUAGAUCUUAAAAAGGAAAAAAAGAAUAGAGGAGGGCGAUAG